AUGUGGCUCAUCAAUACUUCCACUCUGAAGCUGGAGUUCUUUGGUGAUCCUGAAAAUCAGAAGUAUGCAAUCUUGUCGCAUACAUGGGAGCAUGAGGAGGUCAGCUUCCAAGACAUGAUAGAUCUUGACAAGGCCAGGUCCAAGGCCGGAUUCUCCAAAAUUGAUCGUACAUGCGAAUUAGCUCGGAGCAGUGGUCUCAAGUAUGCUUGGGUGGAUACGUGCUGUAUCGACAAGAGUAGCAGUGCUGAGUUGUCGGAAGCCAUCAAUUCGAUGUUCGAAUGGUACAAGCUUUCGAAGAUCUGCUACGUCUAUCUUUCAGAUCUCAGUGAAAUGAGCAACGUUGAAGCUGAUUUACCGAAUUGCAAGUGGUUCACUCGCGGCUGGACCUUGCAAGAGCUGAUUGCACCGGCGGAUAUUGAAUUUUACAAUGCUUCUUGGGAGUUGAAAGGCAGCAAAACUGACCUGCAGGAAGAGCUUUCAGGUAUAACAGGCAUCGACGUUGAUAUCCUUGAGGAUAGUGAGCUUCUGUCAACAGCGUGUGUCGCUAGACGGAUGUCCUGGGCAGCUGACAGAUCGACUACACGGAUUGAAGACCUUGCAUAUUGCUUGUUCGGUUUGUUUGACGUUAAUCUUCCCCUGAUUUACGGCGAGGGAUCCAAGGCUUUUCUUCGACUCCAAGAAGCUAUUGUAUCGAGCGUGCACGAUCUCUCAUUGUUUGCGUGGACAUCGACGGGAGAUGACCAAACAUAUCGCGGUAUCUUCGCACGUAAUCCAUCUGAGUUUCGCAGUUGCAACAACUUCAAGAGAGAUACUUCCCCAUUCACACCCAGACCGAAAUACUUUGUUACCAAUAGAGGUCUGCAGUUUCAAUCCGAGUUACAGGUGUAUAAAGGUAGCCUAUUCAUGGUCUUACAUUGCACUGGUAGACGCAUCCCUGGAACAAUUGCGAUUUUGCUGGUCAAAACGUCAUCAGGUGGCGUAGCCCAAGAAGACGAUAUCUCUAUCCCUAAGAUCAUUCUUCCGUGGGAGUCUCGACUGUUGGAGCAAAGACUGUGCCAUAGAUUUUAUGUCACAAUCUACGACUCAUCGGGUCUUGGUUUGGAGUUCAACAAACAGCCUUCCCAUCUUUGGAGCGAAGGUUACGAAAAACUCUCUGGAUAUUUCAUUACGGAUGGGCAUCCAAACUUCACGGCGGCUGUUGUAAUCGGCGCACCAUCUCGUAAUACCAACAUCACAUUAUCGUCAUCCAACCAAGUAUUCAAGAAUCUGUACGUUGUACUUGGCUUCACCGAGCCAACAGACUUUACGCAGACGCCCAUAGCACCGCACGCAAGCAUCGUUGUGCCGAAAACUAAUGAGUACAAUGAGUAUCUCCGUGGCGUGCGCUCUAUCUUUCAUCGAUCUUUGAUUACACAUCCUUCGAGACACGACGUCGCAAAUUUCACGGCAGAUUCUAUUGUGAAUGUUGGAGGGCUAACAAGGGAGCUCGUACCCCGUAAACAGAAUUUUCGGCUCUCCGUCGUGGCGAUGACCACUGAAUCGAAAGGGCCUGGCAUGUAUGAGCUGGUUAUGGAAUUGAAGGAAAUCUUUGAUUAA